UGACCACCCCGACGCCGUCCUAGCUGCCCUGAACAUCUUCCCACGCCAGCGCUCGCAGCCGCUGCAGGGCGCCAGCGUGGGUGUGAGCGACGCCGGCGAAGGCGCUGCGUCUGCUGUCCUUGGGCAAGAGCGCAGCUCGGUCCGCCUCCUCCACCCGCCACAUCCCGCGGCUUAUGUUAGCUCUCUCACACCACGACCGCCACCCUCUCCCGCACUCCUCAGCAUGGCCUCUCGUUCACUCCUCACACGCGGCGCCGCCGCCACCCGGCAGCAGCUCGGCCGCAGCAGCAUCGCCGGACCGUCGCGCGUGCGUCUCUCUUCCACCGUCGCCUCGUUGGCAUACACGCGCGACACGGCUGGCGAGAGCGGCGCCGCCGAGCCGCCGGCUGCGACGGCCAGCACGCCGCAGCUCUCGCCGCACGACCGCGAGCUGCUGACUCGCAUGCUGCGCGUCGACCAUGCGGGCGAGGUGGCGGCCAACACGAUCUACGAGGCACAGGCGCGCGUCUUUGGGCGCAUGGGCGAUCCCAAGACGGAGAAGCUGAUGCUGGAGAUGUGGGAGACGGAGAAGAAGCACCUGGCCGUCGUGCGGCAGCUGCUGCAGCAACAUCGCGUCUCGCCCAGCAAGCUCAUGCCGCUGUGGAGCGCUGCCGGUAGCCUGCUCGGCGGCGUCACGGCGCUGCUGGGCAAGGAGGCGGCGAUGGCGUGUACAGAGGCAGUGGAGACGGUCAUCGGCGAGCACUAUGACGACCAACUAGUGCAUCUGCGCACUCUGACGGAGACGCCGGCGGCCUCAGCCUCGGCCGCGACGCAGACCACAGCGUCCGGCGAGCCGGCGCUGCACCCGUCGCUGCCGCUGCUGGCCGACGUGAUCACCGAGUUCCGCGACGACGAGCUCGAGCAUCUCGACACGGCCGUCGAGCACGACGCGCAGAUGGCGCCGGCGCAUGCUCUGCUCUCUGCUGUCGUCGGCUGGGGCUGUCGUGGCGCCAUCGCCAUCGCUGGACGUGUCUGAUGGCAACGCAUCUAUUUAUCAACCUCACUCUUGCGUGCAGCGGGCUGGUCAAGC